AUGGCACCGUUUUCUUUCAUCGCAUCAGCUAUCCUUUCCCUCGCCAGUGCUUUCACAAUACGAACCAACCCCGAACGCCUCUCCAACGACAAGCUCGUGCUGGGACCAGACCACGCCGGAUAUUGCCACCUUGGGUCAAUUGCUGGAGAAGCUGUUCCUUGUCCUUCACAAAAAUAUAUCUCGCUCGGUGUCAUUACUGUGAUUAUGGUAGCUGUUCUUUGUCUUUUGGUCCUGGUUGCUAUGUUCGUGUGGCGUCACAGAGUUCGUGUUCGGACCGAGGAUCCUCUUCCGUUUUCUUUUGCCGUUUGUUCCGCCAGUCCUACAAAAAUGUCUCCACUCGCCAACAGAUCCUCUAAAGCCUCUCUUACCAGGGAUACUAUCUUGGACUUGGAAUCCGCCGAGGCAAUCCAGGGCGAUAAGGGGCACUCGAGGAGGAUCUACUUAUCGUGGUCCGAGAGACCUCGACUCGUAAAUUGA